ACCGGCUUCCUCCGGACGGAGCGCAGCAUCUUCUGUCUCAGCGGCACUUUUGCGCCAGACAAGUAGGGACGUUCUCCUGCUCAGCGGUGGAGAGGAGAGAAGAGAGAAAACCCCCCCACAAAACCACCACGGGAGAUCCGGGAAUUAUACCGACUGACGGAGAUUCAUCCUUCUUCUUUUUCCUCCCCUGAUUGUUUCUUCUUUUUUUUCUUUUUGUCUUUCUUUCUCUCUAACCUUUUGGCUUUUUUAUUUUUAUUUUUUGGAUUGUUUGCUUGUUCGCAAAGAUGAUCGCUGGCUGCAUCCUGUUGGCGUGCACCGUACUCGUGGGCGCAUCCUCGGGGAGCAGGGCGGGCCAGCCCCUGAAGCCUCCCUGCAGACCCGGCUUCUCUCAGAACUUCUACACGGUGAUUGUCCCCAGAGACUUACUACACGGCCAGAGCAUCCUCAAAGAUACCACCCUGUCCAGCAAGCGUGUGAAGUUUGAGGAUUGCCAACACAGCAGAGAGGUGGGCUUUGUCAGCAGCGACCCCAACUUCAGCGUGAGGCCCGAUGGGAGUUUGUACACGGAACAGGAGGUGGCCAACCUCUCCGAGCCCGUCCAGUUCAUGGUGACGGCGCGGGGACUGCACGACCCGCACAUCUGGGAGACCACCGUGAAGCUGGCCCUCGCCGGACAUCUUCACCCUCUACCGCUAACAAAGAUCGGCUUUGAAGAAAUGCUGUCACGGGUGUGGGAGUCCCAACCCAGGGUUAUCAAGUUCUCUCGAAGACAUCAGAGAGGUUCCUCUGCGAACAGCUUGAGGCGGCAGAAGAGAGACUGGGUCAUCCCACCUAUCAACGUUCCUGAAAACGGCCGAGGACCUUUCCCAAACAUGCUUGUCAGGAUCCGCUCGGAUCAGGAUAGGGACCCCGGCAUCCGCUACAGCAUCACGGGCGCCGGCGCCGAUCAGCCUCCGAGCGGAAUCUACAACAUAGACCCCAUCAGCGGCAACAUGUUCGUCACCCAGCCCCUGGACCGCGAGGAGAGAGCCUCCUUCCACCUGCGAGCCCACGCGGUGGACAUGAACGGGAACCAGGUGGAGAACCCGAUAGACCUGUACAUCUACGUGAUCGACAUGAACGACAACAGGCCCGAGUUUCAAAACCAGGUUUACAACGGCUCAGUGGCUGAAGGGAUCAAACCAGGCUCAUCUGUGAUGCAAGUGACGGCCACGGAUUCGGACGACUCCACCACGGCCAACGGCAUGGUGCGCUACCGGAUCCUCUCGCAGACCCCCCACAGUCCCAUCCCCAACAUGUUUGCCAUCAACAUGGAAACGGGAGACAUCAGUACUGUGGCCGCCGGACUGGACAGGGAGAAAGUGUCGCAGUACACCAUUAUCGUCCAGGCCACGGACAUGGAGGGCAAUCUGAACUUUGGGCUCUCCAACACGGCCACGGCGCUCAUAUCCAUCACUGACAUCAACGACAACCCACCAGAACUGACCGUCGGGACGUUUUCCGGUGAGGUGCCGGAGAACAAGGUGAACGUCGUGGUAACCAACCUGACUGUGGUGGACCGGGAUCAGCCCCACACCCCCAACUGGAACGCUGUCUAUCGAAUCGUCAACGGCGACCCGUUAGGACACUUCACCGUCCGCACAAAUCCCAUCACGAAUGAGGGAAUGCUCACGGUGGUCAAGCCGGUGGAUUUCGAGAUGAACCGCGCCUUCAUGCUGACGGUGGUGGUGUCCAAUCAGGCCCACCUGGCGAGCGGCAUCCAGUCCUCGCUUCAGUCCACGGCGGGGGUCACCAUCUCUGUCCAGGAUGUCAACGAGCCGCCCGUCUUCCCCGUCAACCCCAAGACGAUCCGUUUCGAGGAGGGCGUGCCGGCGGGGACCACGCUCACGGUGUUCGCAGCUCAGGACCCCGACCACUUCAUCCACCAGAUCGUCAGGUACUCGAAACUCUCCGACCCGGCUAACUGGCUGAGGAUCAACAGAACCAACGGUCAGAUUACCACCAUGGCCUUGCUGGACAGGGAGUCCAUGUACGUCAAAAACAACAUGUAUGAAGCCACGUUCUUGGCGUACGACAAUGGUAAGUCUGGUUCGCCCCAGGCCAGCGGGACUGGGACGCUCCAGAUCUACCUGAUUGACGUCAACGACAACGCUCCCGUGCUGAUACCCAAGGAGGCGCAAAUCUGCGAGCGAGCCCGGCCCAACUCCAGAAUCAACAUCACGGCUUCGGACGCCGACGCUGAGCCCAACGUCGGGCCGUUUGUCUUCGAGCUGCCUUCGUUUCCUGCCAGCAUCCGCCGGAACUGGACCAUCUCCAGACUGAGCGGCGACUACGCUCAGCUCAGACUGAAGAUUCCUUACCUGGAGGCAGGCGUCUACGUGAUCCCGGUCAUAGUGUCUGACUCAGGGAACCCGCCUCUGUCCAACCGCUCCAUGAUCAGGAUCAAAGUGUGUCCCUGUGACAACAAUGGGGACUGCAGUGCCACGGGGGCCGUGGCGGCCGCUGGCCUCGGCACCGGAGCCAUCAUCGCUAUCCUCAUGUGCAUCAUCAUACUGCUGAGUAUGGUACUGCUGUUCGUGGUGUGGAUGAAGCGCAGAGAGAAAGAGCGGCAAGCGAAGCCCCUGCUGAUCGACCCAGAGGACGACGUCAGAGACAACAUCCUGAAGUAUGAUGAAGAGGGAGGUGGAGAGGAAGACCAGGACUACGACCUGAGCCAGCUGCAGCAGCCGGAGUCUCUGGACCACAUCAUCAGCAAGCCAACGGGGGUGCGCCGGGUCGAUGAGAGGCCCGUGAUUGCUGAGUCGCAGUACCCUGUCAGACCCAGCGUGCCCCACCCGGGGGACAUAGGAGACUUCAUAAACGACGGUCUGAGGGCUGCAGACAACGACCCCACCGCCCCACCGUACGACUCCCUGCUGGUGUUCGACUAUGAGGGUAGCGGUUCGACCGCCGGCUCCGUCAGCUCGCUCAACUCCACCAGCUCAGGAGACCAGGACUACGACUACCUCAACGACUGGGGUCCGCGCUUCAAGAAGCUGGCAGAUCUCUACGGGGGAGGAGCGGACGACUGAGAGCGGGGCGCGGGCGGCGCAGGGGUGGCGGGGGGGCGGGCUGUGGCAGGGGUCUGGAGAGGCAGGAACGGUCGAGAGAGGAUGUAAAGCACCCGACAACACGAAGAGACCACGGUAGAGACCUGAGAGGAACGGACCCUUUUCCACGGGCUGCAGUAGUCGGCCGAGCCCGCAGACGUGAACUCCGCUGCAAUGCAACUGUAUUCUGGCUUUAUGGUUUUUAGUGCCGAGUUUGUAGUGUGACAUUUUCAGUUUUUCUCCUUUUUCUUUUUUUUUGUUCCCGUUCUCUCGCCACGCUGGACCUGGAUUCCUCCGGGGACGAAUCAAGGCGGGCCGCGAGACACACGAGUAGUGAAUUUUGUGUUUUGAUUGAUUGUUGAAAACAAAACUAUCUCCGGCUUUAGUCUCACACUGAAGAGAAUGUUUUUAUUUGGGAGGGAAAGAGGGGGAAGGAGGCGCUCACCGACCCUCUCUUUAACUCUUUGUCAACUUGAAUUUCCUUAGAACAGAAGCACUGUCAUUUUAUAAAGUGCCUUUUGUGGUGUGUUUUUGUAUCAGACUCCUGCUAUCUCAGGAUUGGUUGCU